AUGGACUUUUACCUUACUCAUAAGACAGUCACUGAGUUUCUUAAUGAAUGGCCGAUUCUCAAUGACUUGAGAGGAAAAGAUUUGAUUUCUUUGCACUUUUUAAGCAUGUACCCUAAUAAAGCAAAUCUUUUGCGGUCUGGUUGGUCAACAUUCAUUGAUAGAAUCAAAACUUUAAGGAGUUUAAAAUAUGCCGGAGAUGAAACAAUUCAAGAAUAUAAGGAAAUUAUUACUACUUUAGGAAAUGGAGAAGAAACCAUUAAUUUGAAGUUUGUUAUUGAGCUUUUGAUGUUGCCGUAUCUUGUUCCACCAAAGGGAAGAAAUUCGAAAAAAAUAAAACACAGUAAGAAAGAAGCAUCUAAUACGAUAGUUCUUUUUGUAGAAAAUCCUGGUGACAUUGAAACUGAAAUAGAGAAACAGAGAACCCGUGCUUAUAAUAAGCAUGAUACCGUACAACCAUAUGUACUUAUUCAAGGGAACAUGACAGAGCAUAACCAGGUGCUGUUGGUUGUAGACGAAAUCAAGUAUCAAUUUACGUCAGCAAUUACAGCAUGCGAUUGUUUAUUUAAAUGUUACCACGUUUUUGGAGCACAAUAUCCAAAGGAUUCAAACCACAUUUAUUUAUUAAUACAAAGGUGCCUCUUCAAGAUUAAAACUCAGUAUGAUGUUUUGCCCUCGACGAUUAUUGAUAUUGAUCAAACGUUUGACAGACUAUAG